AAACCCCAGACGUAAGCGCAAGCUCUGGAUCUAUAUACUCGGGUCAUUGAUCCUCUCGGUUUGUUCAAGGGAGGGUUUCUGCGUUUGCUCUGCUCUGUCGCUGCCAGUGACGAUAUGGACCCAACAUCCUCCAAACGACCUCCUAAGCUGCGAUCAGCUUGUAACGAGUGCCAUGCGGCCAAGGUCCGCUGCUCCGGCGAGAAAACCGGCUGUCAACGAUGUGGAAACCUCCAUCUCAAAUGCGCCUUUUCGAUCUCACGGAUAGGCAAAGUCCCCGGAAAACGAAGCAAAGCCAACCGCGUUGCUGCUGCGGCGGCGUCGACCUCUGCGCCCAUCUCGACGGUGUCUUCGUCCAUCACCACUCCAGUCAUGUCUCCUCCACUCCUAACUCCAGCUCACUCUUACGAGAGUCCUCGAAGCUUUGGUGGGCGGAAUGUACCAAUGCCUGCGACAUCGUAUCCCUUUCCACAGGAGUACCCACCGAGCACGCUUCCACAUGCGACUCAGGGCUACUUUCAGUCCACUCCGGAAGACGUCGCCAACUACAGCAACCUCUGCUGGACAACGGAGCUUGACCAGCUGGGUGGACCGGGUCUCUUGAGCCCAGACUGGGAGAUUGAUGCCGACGACCCGGUUCCUGUCGCAAACACAGCACCGGCAUCAUAUCCGAACCUUCACCCCGUUGAGAGAAGCAUAUCCAAGGCGGACGCAUCUCCCACAGAGUUUAUGCCUUCUCCUCAGUGCACGAGUUAUCUUCACCUAAUCAAUGGCAUCGAACUGAGCAUUCAACAUGCCAGUCACUGCAGAUCACGGGGCAGUGAAAAUGCACAGCCCUCGGUGCUGGACUCAAUCCUCGGUGCCAGCCAGAGAUACCUCACGCCACUCCUACAGAUCACCGAGAGCCCUGCCUUUACACAUACCUAUAGCGAGGAGCACCUACUCUUCUCCGUUGCCUUGGACAAGAUCAUAUAUCUCUUCAGCCUCGGCUACGGAGAGCUCCAGCGUCGGAUGGAGAUACACGAGGGAAUGAGCAUGGGCUGCAACGCACCUGCCGACCGAUGGUUCCGCUCUGGACCGUACGGUGUCGACUUUAUCGACCAGUUGGCACUCUACCGGAGGGUAUUUGUGGAAGAGAUGAAGCGGGCGAGGCUUUGCUUGGGAAGGUUGAUCGACAUCAUGGGGCCGACCACAACCGGAAGACACGAAGGUCUAUGCGAGGACAUGAAGCGGAGGUUGGAUGGACUGAUGGAGGAACUCGAGAGGGACCAUGGCCUUCACAUGUCGAUAUAGUUGUUGACCUGAUGUUGAGCUUUGAGACUGUUGAAAUGGUGAUCAGAUUGACUGGCUGCUGCUGUACUUCGUUCCUUGUCUUGCUUGAUUCACUUGUCUCUUGUCUGUUGCAACUCUUCACCCUGUCAAUUUCCCAGCUCACAUAUAUACACCUGUUUCUCUUUUGAUCUCUCCUGUUCUAACCUUGAGCAAUCUUGACCUCUUCAGCCUCUCCAAUUUGCAUGAUAUCUUCAAC